UGAGGUCACCCUUUGAACCAGCCGGCGCCGCCUAAACCUGUUUUCGCGCGCUCCCUCCGCCAUUGCGUUGCCCGCGUCGACUUCGCCGCGCUGCUGUGCGGGCGUCCUCGAAACGCUGCUGCGUUCGCGCGGCUUUCAUCGGCGUAGAAUGCCUGGAUGUUGUGUUCCUCAGUGCUCCAACCAUUCGAGAAAUGGUUGGAGGAUGUUCCAUUUUCCAAGGGACCCAAAAAGGCGGCUUCUGUGGCUGGUGCGAGUCAAGCGUGACAAGUGGCAACCGACGAACUCCUCGUGUGUCUGCAGCGCUCAUUUCGAAGCCAGCAGCUUCGAACAGAACCGCGCGGAUGGGUGGAAGAAGCUCAAGCCUAAUGCUGUACCAACGGUGUUCCCAUUCAAAGAACUUCCUAAAGAGCGAAGGCCACCAAGGGAACGAAAUGCACACGUGCCUGCAUUAUUCAGUGACGACGCAGCCGCACACAAUUCUUCACGAGAAGUGAGAAACGUUCUUCCCUCAACUACGCAGGAAUUUUCUCCCGCUGAUUCUUCGUCAGACGGGGAGAUAAAUGAGAGAUUGGCGGCUACGGAAACCAACAAUGCUAAUGGGCAACUUACUUCGACCCCCAGGGAUGCACGGCUUCAAGAAACUGCAAUAGUUACUGCGACCCAACCCCUCGAUUCUGAGGCAGCUGAGCUUAGGAAGAAGAUUGCAGAUCUCACAGCAGCCAAUAAUAAGCUUAGACAACAUCAUAACGAAUCUAAGAACACUGUCAAAAAACUACAGAUGCAGGUACGCAAGCUGCAGAAAGAGGCAACUAAUUUCUCACGAAAUACGAAGUUUUUAAAUGAAGACCAAAUUCGUGCUCUUUCUCGGAACAACAAUCAUGGUAAUUCGUGGUCAGCGCAAACAGUAAAGCAAGGUCUAAAAAUUAAAUUUGCUUGUGGAACCACCGGGUAUGAAACACUCAGAAAGAUUGGCUACCCUCUUCCAUCCAGCAGAACGUUAGCAAGAAGAAUUCAGGGCCUGAAGUUUCUGCCAGGUAUCCUGCAUGAAGUGAUCGACGUCAUGAGGUCGAAAGCAGAGGGAAUGGAGGACGUGGAGAAAGACUGCGUUCUCUUUUUAGAUGAAAUGGAGAUAGCACCCGGAUUUGAACUCGACCGUGGCGAAGACGUGCUUCUGGGAGGAACGACGUUGCCCUCAAAGCCUGAAGAGCCAGCCAAUCAUGCUUUGGUGUUUAUGCUAGGUGGGGUAAACCAGAGAUGGAAGCAAGUGAUAGCCUAUGAAUUCACUGGUAGGCACGUGGACGGCUCUGUACUCAAGGCAUAUGUCCUGGAAAUAGUGCAGAUAUGCAGCCAGAUUUCUCUAAGAGUCCGUGUUAUCACAUGUGACAUGGAUGCAGCAAACCGCGCUAUGUGGAGAGAAUUUGGCUUUUCGAGCCACCGCCAUUCGACAACUUCGUGCUCAAUACCUCACCCAACCUUAAAAGGGAAGGAACUUUUUUUCAUCUCGGACCCGGCACAUGUCCUUAAGAACCUGAAAGGACAGCUUCUAAGCUCAAAAGUUUUCACACUCAGUGAUACUACAGUAAGCAGGAACGGACUGACGGCCUCGAAGGUGAAAUUGGAGCAUGUACAGGCCGUCUUGGAUUAUGACGCAGCCAACGAACUUAAGGUAGCACCAAAUUUGUCAGAAACCCACAUUAGUUGUGGGCACUUAACCAAAAUGAAAGUAGGAGUCGCUGUCCAGCUCUUCCGUGAAGCCCCACCAGCUAUUCGGUUCCUAAUAAAAGAAGGAGUGAUUGAGCCAGAGGCCGAAACAACAGCGUGGUUUAUGGACCUCGUUUCUAGGUGGUAUGCCCUCAUGUCAUCGCGUCAUCCCACCAUGGCGCUAAGCCGCAGGAACAUUACUAAAUAUCAUGCCGCCUUGGACACACUACGCACGGCAACAGACACCAUCAGAGAACUGAAAAUGGGCACUGGAUCUCAGUGGAAGCCAUCGCAAGCAGGGGUCCUAAUUGCGACAACGGCUGUCCUUCUCCUUCAAGAAGUGCUUCUUGGCAGUGAAGGGUAUGAAUUCCUCCUCACGAGCAGGCUGUUGCAAGACUGCCUAGAAAACCUUUUUUCUGUGGUGCGGCUCAUGAAGCCAGUGCCCACUGCGUAUGACUUGAAGUGUGCACUCCGACUCGUCAGCGUCAGCCACUUUCUUCACACUCCGAGAUCAACAAGCUACGAACUUGACGACCGCGAAUACCUUGUCGAUCUGCUUGCACAUAGCAAGAAGGAAUGUGCAGAAAGCGAAGUCGAUGAAAUCAACGACACGGAAAUUCUGUUCAUUGAAGAGCUCACGUCAACCGAGUGCCGCAUCUUGUUUUACCUUGGCGGUUUUAUUUUGAAAGGAAUUUUGAAAUCUAUAACUUGUCCGCAGUGCAAGGCUGCUCUCCUUGGCAAGCCUGACGAUCAGUAUGCUUCCCUGACUGCACUCAAGGAAUACGUCAGGGAUGGGCAAAACCUCGUAUAUCCAAGCGCUGAUGUCAUGAAAACUUUAAAAAACUACGAGGAACAUUUCACCGCUGUCAACUCAUGGUGCACAGGCAAAUUUUUCACCAUGAAGUCGCCACUUCGUUCUCUGAUAGCCUAUCUCGAAGGCAUAGACAAACCCUCAGUGAACACAUGCAUGGCUCACAAAGAACGAAUAAGCAAAAUGCUGACUGCUGCAUAUGCCAGAGUGAGGCUCCGAAUUCAUCUCCGACAAAUUCCGAGCACUCAUCCUAGUGGCCACGGAAGCAAGACUUGUGCAGGGGUCAGCCUUGCGUAAGCAAGCUGGAAUCUGCAGUUCUGCGAGCCUUUUCCUUCAAAGUCUGAAGUCUGCAUCUAUAUAUAUAGUGAUCACAACUAUUUUAUCAAUUACGGUCUAUUUAACAUAAAUGUCGACUUUUAAAAAGUGCAAUAAUGUUCAGUGUUCACGUUCCCAUUAAACACAAAUCUCUAACUUUGUGUGUUUUCAUAAGCACUGAAUAAAUGAUUUCAUGUUUGCUUGGGUAA